AUGGCACUUGAGGAAAGUUAUUAAUAUUUUAAUAAUAUGGAUUUUUUUAUUUAAAAUACUAAGGUUUGUUAAGAAUCAUUAUUAUGGAAAAAUGGUAUGAUAGAAAUAGAAGUUGAUAAGUAAGAUUUUAUCAAUGAAUCCCUUGGAAAAGUUAAUAUCCUAAUUAAAUUAACCUCAAAUAGAUAAAUAUAAUAUUUAAAGGAUGGUGCAAUUUUAAGAAUGUAAAGAUUAUUGAUAAUUUUUAAAGAGAUUAGUUGAUGUAUUCUGAUUCAAAUCCUAAUUUAUUGAAUAAUUAUGAUUAAAUAAAAUAUCUGAAAUUUGAAGGUCAAUAUGGAUUGGACUGUAAAAAAUUUGGGAAAUGGAAAACAAUUUGGAACGGAGAAGUUCUUAAAGAAUUAGGUGGAUACUAUUAAAAUGGAUUAAAAUAAGGUUUAUGGAAAGAGUUGAUUCGGAAUUAUUAAAGGUAAAAGAUUGAAUUAUCUUGGAUCUAGUUUAGCUAAAGUAUAUGAAAAGGGAGCAUACUUGAAUGGUUAAAAGUAUGGAAUGUGGAAUUAUAUCUAUAAAAAUUAAAAUAUGUAAUAUUAAUUAUUAAUUAUUAAAGAGGUGGGGGAUUUUACAAUGAAUAAUUGAAAAAAAAGGGGAAAUGGAUAGAAUUGAGUGAAGGUUUCUGUAAUAUGUCCUAAAUUACAUAUAAGGGUGAAUAUCAUAAAUGCAAAAAAAUAGGCAUAUGGAAUAUUUAUUUUCUUAAAGAGUUAAUGUAAACUAAAAAAAUAAUAUUUAGUGGAGGGGGAUUAUAUGACAGUAAUGGCAUUAAGGAAGGAAAGUGGAUAGAAUUAAGCGAAAGGUCUUGUAGCCAUUCUUAAAUCACUUACAAGGGUUAAUACAAAAAUGGUAAGCCGAUAGGUAUAUGGAGUACUUGGAUUCGAAGAGAAUAUUAGAAAGAUUUUGAAUAGAUGUAAGGUUUAAAAAUGAAAUUUUUUAGUUGCAAUGGAUAAUAUGAUUAAAAUGGUGAAGGUAAAAAGAUUGGGAUGUGGAUUGAGUUGAUUGAAAUGUUUAAGGAGGAUUCAUAAGUUACUUAUAGUGGUUAAUAUAAAGAUGGAAAUAAAACAGGUAGAUGGGAUAUUUUUUUUGAAAAAGAAGCGAUGUAAAAUUUUAAGAAAUCUAAUUACCUAGCGGAGGGGGUACAUAUGAUGAAGGAAGUGGUAUCAAGAUUGGAAAUUGGGUUGAGGUUUGUGAUAAAUUUGAUAAUUUGACUCAGGUUACUUAAAAUGGUCAAUAUAAAAAUGGAAAUAAAGUAGGUAAAUGGGACAUUUUAUUUGAAGAAGAAGUAAUGUAAAAUUUUAAUAAAUCUAAUAACUUAGCGGAGGGGGUACAUAUGAUGAAGGAGAUGAAGGUAUCAAAAUUGGAAAUUGGAUUGAACUAAGCGACGAAUUUUGGAGGGACUCUUAAGUACUUUGUAAAGGCAACUAUAAAAAUGGAAAUAAAUCAGGUAGAUGGGAUAUUGAGCAUGAAUUCGAAUAAUGGUAAAAUACGAAAAGUAAUAGUUUUUAGUGGUGGUGGAUCAUAUGAUGAGAAAGGUGAAGGUAUUAAGCUUGGAGAAUGGAUUGAAUUAAGUGAUAGUUUUAAUAGUGGUUCUGAAGUUAUCUAUAAAGGGGAAUAUAAAAAUGGAGUUAAAGUAGGUAGAUGGAAUAUCAAAUAUAGGGAGAAAAAAAUGUAAAAUAUUAAAAUAUUAUUGUUUUAGAGGAGGAGGAUCUUAUGAUGAAAAAGGUCAAGGUAUUAAAAUUGGAAACUGGAUAGAAGUAAUUGAUGGAUUUAGUUUUGGUUCGGAAAUCACCUAUGAUGGAUAAUAUAAAAAUGGUAUCAAAGUUGGUACAUGGGUUGAAAUGAAUAAAAUGAAUGACUGGUCACGUAAAGAAAUGAUAUAUGAUGAUUGAAUGAUUAUAUUAAUAAGAGCAG